AUGAGAGCGGAAAUCUUCAUCACAUAUUUCUGUUGCCUUGGGGCUGCUUGUCUGGCGUCCCGGGUAUGGAAGCUUUUCUGGUCAUACAAACGAUCCAAGGUCGUGGAUGAGAAACCAGUCUCCGAAGAAACCGACGAAGAAUUGAGAGACCGAAAUAUCGAAAAUAUUCAAAGACUCGUUGGAAGUCACGAGAUUGCCGCUGUGCUCUCCGAUCUUGUCAAGAACGAUGGAGCUGGGUCCUGGCCACCCCGAGCGAACCAUGCUCUCGGUGCCUGGCCCGAAGCUCUGCGGCCGUACCGGAAGAUUUACAUGGAGCUGGCUCCCCAAAUCCCACAAGCCAACCCCUCUCUGGACGACAACGUCAAUCUCGCUCGCAUCGCCGAGUUCCGCUCCCAAUUCCGAACACUCCUGCGGGAAGAAGUUGACCUGCCCCAGGUCGAAGGUCUUCUGAGCAGCACUGAGGCCGACCAGUGGAACGCGAUGCCUCAAGAUGUAUACAACGCCUUCUAUUGCUGCAUCGCUUCCUGCAGACAUGCGUAUCGAUGGGCUACUAUUCCGGUUGUGAAAGUAGCCCAGAUGGAGACGCAGGUCGACUUGCCUGAGGAGCUGGUUCUUCCAUGGAAGUACAUGCAGCGAAGUUUUGAUUGCGCAUCCGACGCUGGAAACAAUACCAGUAAUCUGAUAUUGAACUUCGACGCCGACGGCGAAUACAUGUUUCGAGCUAACACUGGUAUGACGCCACACAUCGUUGCGGCCGAAGAAGCGUUCGCACGUAUUUUCCACGAAACCGAAGUCCGGGCCGUGUCCGUUUACUAUGAAAUGCUUCAAGCCACUAUCACUUGGACAAGAGGCGACAUGGCAGAGUGUGCGCGUCAUGUGGCGGCCGUUGGCACACAGUUGAGGACAGUACUGAAAAGCUAUUACGACCGUAUGCAUGAAACUCGCAUCCCUCGAUCGGUGUGGCUUUCAAGAGUACAGAGCUUUUUCGCUUGGAGCGCCGGCAACAAAGAGCAGCCCGACGUUCGAUUCAACGGCUUGAGCGGAAACCAGGUCUUGCUCUUCCAGGCGUUGGACGCCUUCCUUGGUCUCGAGCCUUACCUAUCAGAGGAAGACCUGGAGCGUAGUGUGCCUGUAAGGCAGCGCGCACUAGGCAAAGCCUUCCGGAAACAUUCUUUUAGGGACCAGCUUUCUCCCGAAAACAAGCUCCAUGUGCGGAUUGCGGAAGAGAUGGAGGACGUUGUAAAGCGCCUUAGAGUGUUUCGCGCCGCCCAUAGGACUCGUUCCUUGCCAUACCUAGCAUAUCCCGCUCCCGAGAGACUACCCAUGACGGCGGCAAAGUCUCUGCUCAAAUCUGAUUUGAAGUCAAGUUUGGAGUACCUCGAUGCUUUCAUGCUUGGCCGACUUAAGCAGACAGUAUGA